UAUUGGUCUUAUACAAGCUAGUGUUGAUUAACAGUGAGACCUAUUACAAAGGAGCAAAAAUGGACAAUAAGUUAUAGAAUUUGUUACCUGAUGUAAUCGAGCUACAUUUCAGACCACAUCUUAAUGCAAGAAAACUACAAUUAGCUUUUCUUAGAGGAAUCUAAAAAAAUAGAGGAAAUAAUCACAAAAAAAAAAAGAAAAAAAACAAUUUAGGCCCUCAGAUAGCGCAGCACCCCCAUUACGCGUAUACUAUGGUAGACCCAUCCUGCCUUCCCGCCAACAUGGCGGCCGCGUCCGCGUCCGCCGUCGCCUCAACGGUGUCCGCGAUCUCCCACCACGUUGCCGCCGGGCACCUCUUCGCCGCCAUCGACGCCCUCCCCCCGUGCUCUGCCUCCUCCCUGCUCCCGCCCUCUCUUUACGCCUCGCUCCUCCGCUUGGCAACCUCCCGCCGCUCCCUCGCCGCCGCCCGCCGCGUCGCCUCCCACCUCGCCUCCUCUUCGUCUUCUUCCCCUUCCACCUCGACCUCGUUCGCUCCAACAUUCCUCUUCAACCGCGCUAUCGAGUCGCUCGCUGCCUGCGGCAGUCUCGCCGACGCGCGGGAGAUGUUCGACGCAAUGCCACGCCGGGAUGGCGGAUCCUGGAACGCCAUCAUCUCCGCCUCGUCCCGCGCUGGGCACCCUGCAGAGGCGUUCUCCCUCUUCGCUGGCAUGAACUCUCUUGGCAUUCGCCCCAAGGACGUCACACUGGCAUCAGUGCUUGCCUGCUGUGCUGAGUGCCUUGACCUGCGUGGUGCACAACAGCUCCAUGGUCACAUCGCAAAGAGAGACUUUCAGUCCAAUGUGAUUCUAGGCACGGCACUGGUUGACGUGUAUGGGAAGUGCCUCUUGCUUACAGAUGCAAGGCGGGCAUUUGAUGACAUCCUGCAACCCAAUGACAUUUCGUGGAAUGUAAUCAUCCGGAGAUAUCUUCUCGCUGGUAUGGGCGACAUGGCAGUUCAUAUGUUCUUCAGGAUGGUAUGGGCUGGCAUUAGGCCACUGGUAUAUACUGUCACACACGCAAUGCUUGCUUGCCGGGAUAACGGUGCACUUAAAGAAGGAAGGUGCAUACAUACUUUUGUGCUCCGACAUGGGUAUGAACACCAUGUACACGUGCGGAGCUCAGUUGUAGAUAUGUAUGCAAAGUGUGGUGACAUUGAUGCAGCGCUAAGGCUCUUCAACUUGGCACCAAAGAAGGACGUGGUGACAUCCACUUCAGUUGUGUCAGGAUUGGCUGCUUGUGGCAGGAUUGCUGAUGCAAAAAGGGUGUUUGAUGGCAUGGAACAGCACAAUUUGGUAUCCUGGAACGCUAUGUUGACCGGUUGUGUCAAGUCCAUGGAUCUGACUGGUGCUUUAGAUUUGUUCCAGCAGAUGAGGCACGAGACAAAGGAGCUUGAUGUCGUUACACUUGGUUCUGUGCUCAAUGCCUGUACAGGGCUGCUUGACCUUGGGAAAGGUGAGGAGCUCCAUGCACUUGCUCUCAAGUGUGGUUUGUUCAGUUACCCCUUUUUGAUGAAUGCACUUGUGAGGUUAUAUUCCAAAUGUGGAUGCCUGAGGAACGCGGAACGGCUUCUUCUAUUUGAGAUGGGAUCAGAGAGAGAGAGAUUCUCCUGGAACUCACUCAUCUCAGGUUACGAACGCCACUCCAUGAGUGAAGCAGCUCUGCAUGCUCUACGUGAGAUGCAAUCUGAGGCAAAACCUAGCCAGUCCACAUUCAGCUCUGCCCUUGCAGCCUGUGCAAAUAUAUUUCUGCUGAAUCAUGGCAAGCAGAUUCAUGCAUACAUGAUCAGAAACGGGUAUGAUAUUGAUGACAUACUGCGAAGUGCACUGGUUGAUAUGUAUUCCAAGUGUAGUCUGUUUGAUUAUUCCUCCAGGAUCUUUGAGUUGGGAUUAUCUAAUGAUGUCAUCCUGUGGAAUUCUAUGAUCUUUGCAUGUGCUUACAAUAGCAAAGGUGACUAUGGGCUUGAAUUGUUUGAUGAAAUGCGGAAGCAGGGGAUUAGGCCAGACUCUGUCACUUUCCUUGGUGCUCUGGUUUCAUGUAUCUGUGAAGGGCAUGUUGGGUUGGGGAGGAGUUAUUUCACUCUGAUGACUGAUGAGUAUAGCAUCAUCCCACGCAUCGAACACUAUGAAUGCAUGAUCGAGCUGUUGGGCAAGCAUGGAUACAUGGUUGAGCUAGAGGAUUUCGUGGACCACAUGCCCUUUGAGCCAACAACCGCGAUGUGGCUUAGGAUCUUUGACUGCUGCAGGGAAUAUGGGAACAGAAAAUUAGGGGAGAGGGCUGCGCAGCGUAUCAAUGACAGAAAACCCCUUACUCCAGUUAUAUUUUUCGAGUCCACUCCUGACUACAAAUGCAGUGGCAGUGAUGAUGAAGAGCCCAUGUCAUUCUGCUGAGGUGGACAAAACUGGUGAUGAUUGAGAUUCUUGUUGAGGAGUGGUCUUUUUGGUGGCUGAGAAGCUGAAUGGGCAGUCUGAGAUGCUACAAACUUGAACUUGACCUUUUAGCUGCCUAUAAGCUGGUAGGAUCAGCAUUCAGCAGCACUUAUGAUACCCUGCUAAAACGAGAAUUCAGGCUGGACCCUGAGCUCAUGUGCUGAUUGACCUGAUAAUUGAUGUCUAUCAAGGGCUUAACCUCCUCUCCUGCCUUGGGGGUUUGCAUUGGGUCAGAAUGUAGUUAAGAAGUAUAUGAUCAUAUAGUGCUGGAUUUCCCAAUUGCAGACUUCACUUUCAGCAGUUCAUCUGUCUGUCGAGUAAAGUACGACUAUCACCAUCAAUCGAGUAAAGUAUGUGCAUCUACAGUGCAAGAUUCCAUCAUCUGGAGAUGGACUUCUGAUGGCCAGUAUUCCACGUCAGCGCACAAGGCACAAUUCAAGGGCUCCUACACUAGGCCCAAACCAAAGUUAAUUUGAAGCACAUAUGGAAAACAAAUGCAAGCCUUCACUUGGAUUUUGGUGCAAGAUAAAACUCUAACCACAGACAAUUUGGUGCUAUGGGGUUGGCCUCACCAUGAUGCAUGUGUGCUGUGUAAUGGCCCCCUGAGACUGGAAGACACCUUUGCUUGCAGUGCCCCUUUGCCUAGGCGAUCGGGAACCAGGUUCUGACCUGGGACCAUUUUAGCAUGAGGCUGCCUGCGCUUUCAGAUGUGAGCACAGCGAUUAGCACCUGGUGGAAGGAAACAGCCCGCAAGAUCCCAAAGGACAAGAGGCGCAGUUUCAAAGCAUGUCCCAAACGGUGCAACAGGUUGCUCUAAAAGUGAAGGAAGACAUUUCUCAGCAUAAAAGAGCUUUUAACAAUCUGCCAUAGUGUUUGUUUCCUUGGCUCAGUGUCUCCUUGUGUUCAGGGGAGGUUUCUCAGCCUUUGGGGCUUUUCCUGUUUUAUUAGUGAUGUGGUGUAGCAGCUAGCAACUGCCUCUCCCUUAGUUUUGGAUUGUUUGUUCUCUUUUUCGUACCUUAAUUGAAGGGCAGAGCUGCUGCAAUUUGUGUUAAAAAAAAAUCGAGCUGAAGCUUGAUCUACAAUGAGAACUCUCGGAGAGCAAAUGGCAUGCCUCGAGUUAAGAUAAGAAGAUGCUGAUGCAUUUUUA